AUGUGGGGGGCGAGGCGGCCGCCGGCCUCCCCGGCCGGGGCCUCCGGCCCGCUGACCUCCCCGCGGGCCCUGCCCUCCUGGCGCUUCCUCCUGCGGGCCGUCCUGGUGCUGCACUGGCCGCUGAGCUACCUGGUCCUCUUCUGGAUCGUGCUCCCCUUCCUGUUCUGGCUGCUCUUCACUCGUCUGUGGCUCGUGCCCGUGCUCCUCCUCACCUGGACGGCCCUGGACUGGAAGACCCCGGAGCGAGGGGGCCGACGAUCGUCCUGGGUGCGAAAUUGGUUCAUCUGGACCCAGAUGCGAGAUUAUUUCCCCAUCAAGCUGGUGAAGACCCGGGAGCUGUCCCCGGAGCACAACUACGUACUGGGCGUCCACCCGCAUGGCAUCCUGACCUUCGGGGCUUUCUGCUGCCUGUGCACCGAGGCCGCCGGCUUCUCGGCCUCCUUCCCGGGGCUCACCCCGCACCUGGCCACCCUCUCCUGGUUCUUCAAGAUCCCCCUCAUCCACUACCUCAUGGCCAAGGGGGUGUGCGCGGUGAGCCGCACGUCCAUCGACUACCUGCUGUCGCGGAGCGGGCGCGGGCAGAUGGUGGGCAUCGUCGUCGGAGGCGUGAAGGAGGCCCUGCACAGCGUCCCGCACAGCACCGUCCUCCUCCUCACCCAGCACCGAGGCUUCGUCAGCACCGCCCUGCGCCACGGGGCCCACCUGGUGCCCAGCUUCACCUUCGAGACGGAGGUGCUGGAGCAGGUGGUGUUCGCGGAGGGCAGCGCCAUGCACCGCUUCCAGACGACCUUGCGACGCCUGUUCGGCUUCUCUACUUCUGCGCCGUCUACGGCCGAGGCUUCCGCCCGGGCCUCCGUCGGGCUCCUGCCCUACCCCCGGCCCCAUCACCACCCGUCGUGGGGGAGCCCCUGCCCGCUCCCCAAGGUGGAGAACCCCAGCCAGGAGAUGGUGGACCACUACCACGGCCUCUACGUGGCCGCCCUGAAGGAGCUCUUCGACCGGCACAAGGCGCAGUACGGGGUCCUCGGACGCCCAGGAACUCGUGGUCCUCUGACCCCCCUCGUCCUUGACCGCCCCCUCCCCGACACCCACCCGGCCGACGCUGGGGGACCGAGGCCGGGAGGGGGGCAGAGAUCCUCCAAGGGAGGGAGGGUCUCUUUACCCCCCCGAACGAGGGGAAGGGCCCCGGAACCCCAAACUUUCACCCCGGGCCGCCUUCUCCCUUCAUUCCUUGGGGCCGAGGUGGUUUCAAGAGCGUCGUCUUCAUUCUUUCGUUCGUUCAUUCGUCCGUUCGUAUUUAUUGGAGCGCUUACUAUGUGCAGAGCACUAUAUAAGCGCUCGGAAAGUACUGCAUGAUAACCGGACCCUCCGUUAAAGCGACCGCUCUGUGCCAAGCCUGGGGUGGGUCGGAAGUCGUCCUUUGCCUCACGCGGGACCUCACAACAGUGGAGCGUGAU